UACUAAUGACAUUUCUCAGCCCUCGAUUAUAACCUAUCAUUGUUUGAAAUUAAAUAAGCCUAAAUUUUAAAUUAUAUUACGACCUAAAAAUGUCCUUAUAUAACUACUUAUCAAAAAUAUUUUUAAGCAAUAGCUCACGAUAUACUUUUGGAAUCAGGAGUUUUCAUACAACACACGUGCAACAACUGUACGCUCCAUCAGCACUAGGAAUCGAUGGUUACUUACAAACUAGGAAAAGAAUAAAAGAACAAUUUUCUAACUUUUCCGAUAAAUUUAGAACCAAAAUGUUAGAUUUUGUAAGUGAUUCGAAAAACAUGAUUUUUACUGAAGAUUUAAAGAACAUGGUGCAUUUAGCGGAGCCGACAGAUUUGGAGCUAGUUACUAAUAUGAUUAAAAAGUUUAACACACAGAAAACGGAAUUCAGAUUUGGUUCUUUCAUAUUUGGUCCAGUAGUCAUGAGAAUGUUUCACUUUUUAGAUGCACCCAAUGAAGCAUUAAAGUGCUUCGAGGACCCGGACAAUAAUGGUUUUUUUGAUCAAUUGGUGUCCUAUCAGAUACUACUUGACCUGCUCUAUAAUAAUGAAAUGUUUGAUGAAAUGUACAGGGUGUUUGAAAAGGUUCAAGAGAAACAAGUGAACAUGACAAAGUUUCCUAAAUAUCCGGUAGUUUUAAUAUUGGCAGCAUGUUACAAACAGAAUACACCAAAGAGUUUUGAAUAUGCAACAAAGUUAUGGUCGGAUAUGAUUAAUGUUGGUAUUGUACCAUUGAGGAGGGCAUCUACUUUUUUCGGCGCUUUGGCAUUAAGGCAAGGUGCUCCACAUAUAGCUUUGGAGUCAAUGUCACAACAGAAACCACAUUACAUCACUAUUAGAAAUAUAAAGGCAGUUUCAUUAUCAGAGCUACACAGAUUUGAUGAAGCUAUGACAGUAUUAAGAGGUGUUCUAGAUGUAGAUCAACCAGAACAAAAGGACAAACAUACAUUCUUCAAAGAAACUAUUACUAAAGUUCGUACAGCCAUAGAGGACUCAAACAAUAAAGACACCCUGAAACGAUUUGAGGAUAUUGAAAAGGCUUUGAAGGACCGUAAUCUUAUAGAUGAUCAGACAUUAGAUCAGUUGAUAACAUCCGAGAUCACUCUUAAGCCAAGAGUCAAAAACCUACCUCGUGGCAUGCCCAAGAUGGCAUUCAAGAUGAGACAAAAGAAUGAUUUAUUAGGGUAACAACAUGUUGGCUGUAUGAAUGUGAUUGUGUUGUAAAAUAGAUUGUUAAAAAAAUAAAUAAUUGAAUGUG